AGAUCAAAUUGUUACAGUUCACAAUAAUAAUUUAAUUAGCAAUUGGUCUAUUAUUUAUAAUUUGUAAUUGCUUUUAAAUGGAUACAACCAACAACCACACCUCUGUAACCCUAUCCAAAUAAUUAGUUGCAGGCAUCUCCAAACUCCAUCACCAACUGCAUUUUUUUUUUAUAUAAUCUUUGAUUGGUCUACUUCUUCUGCGAAAGUUCCUAUGUGUUGUCUGUGCUCAGACUUGUGACUACGAUAGGACUUUUCACCACAUGUUUACCUACAAUGUCAGCCCACAGGAGAUAACCAAAAUUUACUACGUCUUCCAUCUGUGUUGGACCUACGUCUGCCUAUAAAAUCCAUGCCCUUCCCUCCUGCUUCUUCACAAGCUCAUCAUCAUUAAAAAAAGGGGAGAGAGAAGAAAAAGAUGGUUGCAGGAGGAGAGUUCAAGGUGACUGUAAGCAAGACAAAGGUGGUGGCGGCAGUGCUACCAUUGCAAAAGCAUUCGCUGCCACUCUCCAACCUCGACUUGCUUCUGCCACCGGUUGAUGUUAGUGUCUUCUUUUGCUUCCAUAAACCAUCACUUCAAAGCAUGACUUUUGCCUCCAUGGUUGCAAUUCUAAAGGACGCUCUGGCUCAAACACUGGCGUCAUACUACGCCCUCGCCGGUGAGGUCGUACUCAACCCUGUUGGUGAGCCUGAGCUCCUUUGUAACAACCGUGGAGUGGACUUUGUUGAAGCGUUUGCUAAUGUUGAGUUGAGUGAACUCAACUUAUAUAACCCAGAUGAAAGUAUCCAAGGCAAGCUUGUGCCUAAAAAGAAGAAUGGAGUGCUCUCUAUUCAGGCAACUGAGCUGAAUUGCAGUGGUGUUGUGGUGGCUUGCACCUUCGACCAUCGAAUAGCAGACGCAUACUCCAUCAAUAUGUUUCUAGUUUCAUGGGCUGAAUUAGCUCAGUCUAAACCAAUGUCUUUGCUACCAUCUUUUCGCCGAUCUGUGCUGAAUCCUCGACGACCAGGAUGCAUUGACCCUGCUUUAGAUGACAUGUACGUGCCACUCUCACCAUCUCCAUCUCCUAAAGAACCAGUUGGAGCUACUCAUGAUGAUCAUCUCAUAAGUCGAAUAUAUUAUGUCACAAAAGACCAACUCAACGAGCUUCAAUCACUCGCCAGCGCCAAUGGUUGCAGGAGGACAAAACUCGAGUCUUUUAGUGCUUUUUUAUGGAAAAUAGUAGCCAAGUGUGGCGCUACGAACAGUGAAAGGACGGCAAAAUUGGGGAUUGUUGUUGAUGGAAGAAGUAGGUUAAGCCAAGGAGAUAGUGAAAAAUCAAGACUAAUGGAUGCAUAUUUCGGAAAUGUAUUAUCAAUCCCUUUUGGGGGACAAAAAAUUAUUGAACUGGAGGAAAAGCCUUUAUCUUGCGUGGCAAAUCAAGUUCAUGCCUUCUUGGAAAACGCAGUGACACAACAUCAUUUCUUGGCACUGAUUGAUUGGGUUGAGGCUCGUAGACCCCAGCCAGCUUUAGCUAAGAUAUACAUCAAUGGAACUGACGAUGGACCGGCCUUUGUGGUGUCAUCAGGGCAGAGAUUUCCAGUUUCAAAGGUGGAUUUUGGAUGGGGCAAACCAGCAUUCGGGUCAUAUCAUUUCCCAUGGGGUGGCAAUGCCGGGUAUGUUAUGCCGAUGCCGAGUCCAUUGGGGAACGGUGACUGGGUGGUGUAUUUGCACCUAUUGAAGAGGCAAUUACAGGUGAUUAAGAGGGAAGCAUCUAAUGUGUUUAGGCCUCUGACCGCUGAUUAUCUCAACUUAAUGAAAUGAGUUCGAUGAUCAGUCCAACGGUCUUGCGUACAGUAAAAUCACAUGUAUUAAUGAGGCUUGCAGGCUCUUGGUGUUGUCAUUUUGUGUUAUUUUCACCUCGUGUGUAAUAUUCUAGUCCCUCAUCUUGCAUUGUGUACACUUCAUCUGGGAAGAUAGCUGCACCGUGUCAGCAGCAACCUCGUCUUCCUUGAUUUGCUUAGGGUUCUAAGUAAAAUAUAAAUACGAGUAUAUGUACAUAUUGUACCGAUAA